AUGGCUGCCGACAGGGAUCUUCGUUCUUAUUCUGCACCCGACACUGCUGAGCCUAUCAACGUUUACUAUCAGAACGUCGGUGGUGUCAAUUCCUGUCUGGUUGACUACCUCCUUGCCACGUCAUGUUCCUGCUACGAAUUCAUCGCCUUAACAGAAACAUGGCUAAACGACCGCACCUUAUCCAGUCAAAUUAUCGGCCCAGACUAUGUAGUGUUUCGUUGCGAUCGAAGCCCCCUGAACAGCAAAAAAUCAACUGGAGGCGGAGUUUUACUUGCUGUAAAGUCCAGAUUCACGGCUCAGCUGAUCGAAGACAGUUCCUGGAACGAUUUGGAACUUCUUUGGGCUCGCAUUGAUCUCGGUGACCGGAAACUGUACCUAUGCGUAGUGUACGUGCCUCCUGACCGCUCUACUGACCUUGUUGUAGCUGAGUCUUUCUCGCACUGCCUCUCCAAAAUAAGCUCAAUCUGCUCUCCCGAAGAUGACAUACUUGUUAUCGGUGAUUUCAACAUGCCUGGCUUGAAAUGGUGCCCCUCCCAUGGUGCCUUUUUGUUCCCAGAUCCUAUGCGCUCCUAUUUCUCGGCUCCUUCCAACAUCUUUCUGGACUCUUUGAGCACCGCGACUCUUCGCCAGAUCAACAGCUUCGAAAACGAAAACGGUCGUACGCUAGACCUCUGCUUCAUAAACGAAGGCUUCAGGAAUCCGACUAUAGAUUUAGCUCCCGCCCCUCUCGUCAAAGUUGUUUCCCAUCAUCCAGCUUUAGUGGUCUCAAUCGAUGUCACUGACAUUAACGCCUCCGUAGAGGAAACUGCUUCUUUCUACCAGGACUUCAAAAACGUCGACUACGAAGCUAUCUCACUUGUCCUGGAUUCUAUCGAAUGGGAGAAUGAGCUCGAUCUUUCUAAUCCCAAUGCUGCUGCUACGACUUUCUCAAACAUACUGAACUACAUAAUCGAUCGUCAUGUUCCGAAACGAAGCUUACCGCCCAACCCACGAGCUCCCUGGGUCACUAAUCAACUGCGACAAUUGAAGACGGCUAAAAACCGUGCUCUUCGAUACUUCAGCAAGCGCAAGUCCCUCUGCACAAAAGAAGAAUACCGCAAGCUAAACACGGCAUACAAAAAAAGCAGCAGGCGUUGCUACCAGAACUAUCUUCACCGGCUACAGCGCAAUUUUAAGACCAACCCGAGAUCUUUCUGGAAGUACGUCAAAAAUCAGCGGAAAGAAUCCGGGCUUCCGUCUCAAAUGUUCUUGAAAGACCACACAGCGAACACCGAUCCUGAAAUAUGUAAUCUUUUUGCUGAGAAAUUUUCAAGCGUUUUCUCAACGGGAUCCAUUUCCUCAGAACAACUGGAUACGGCUUUCAACACCUUCGCUCACUGGUGUGACACCAACUCCUUGCCUCUGAACCACAGCAAAUGUGCGGUCAUUUCAUUUUCUCGCAAGCGGAACCCUCUUUGCGCAGAGUACACUCUCGGGAACGAAACCAUCGCCCGGGUGGAACACAUCAACGAUUUGGGAGUUAUCCUAGACCAUCGGCUGGAACACGCUUCAAAAUCGUCGAAACGCUGCACGUGCUUUAAUCGUAGCAGAUCUCCUUGCGUCGAGGAUCGACUCUCCUACGCUGCUGGAGGCUAUUCCCCUCAGUGUGCGGCCCCGAGGAUUAAGGAACCAAAAUCUGCAGCUCUAUGUUCCUAUCCGGCUGAAUAA